AUGGAUUAUCAAAAAUUAAAAAAAUAAGGAAAAGAUAAAAAGAGGGGAGACUAGUUUCGAAGAAGGAUAAAAAUUUGGGCCAGGGUGUUGGGGUGUGUUAGAUUAGGAAAAAGGGAUACCCAUUCUCAGCUAUAUGUUGGAAGAUCUAUUACUAUUAUCUCAAUCAGUCAGACCCUGAAGAACGCCACAAGCUUGGACUUCAGUAUAUGCCAAGCUGGCUUUAUUCCCCUGGAGGAUAUUCUUGGAAUCUUCGCUGGUACCGUGACCUUGCAGCCCAAACAGGCCUUGCCCCAGAAGAAAGCCAGAUCACAGCACCUCAAACGAAGCCUCUGCCAGCAUCUUACAACUCGGAGUCUCACGAGUUCGAAUCAGUUAAAAAGCUUCAUUAUGGCUUUGAUCUCAUUGAGAAGAACGUAGAAAGAAGCCAAGCUUACAAAGUCCUUGAGACCAAAAAGCAAGGUUGCCUUGAUCUUUGUUAUGCAAGUAAAGAUGAAUCUGAAGAUUGCCCUAAGUUAUGCAUGUUGCCUCAAAAGUCCGUGAAAAUAGAAAUUGAGCAGAAAUUAGCAAAGGCAAGAGCAACUGCUGCAAGUUGCAUGGCAAGCCAUGCUAUUCUAUUUUAAGUAAAUUACUAUUAAAAAUUGGGCAUUGGCUUCGCCAAUGCAUUAUAUAAAAAAAAAAGCUUAAUAAUAUAUUUGAGAAUAAUAAUGGUGGGGAUAAAGACGAACAAGCCUUUGAGAAGUGCUUUAGUGAUUUCGCUGAUUUGGUUUACGACUAUGGAUCUGACGUACAACAGCUAGAAGAAUUCAUAGCAGGCUGGAGCAGCAAGUAUGAUGAGCAAGGGAAGAAACCAGUGCACGGACUCGCAAUGCGUCGUCGUUAG